AAAAAUUGAAUGGGUCCCAUAAGAUAGUUAUAAGCGUUUGUGUGUGCCUAAACAUUUUGGCCCUAGUUCAUGAUUAGAUGGUUUUAAGCUGAAAAAGGACCAUUUACUAUCUUUUUCUAUUGUCCUUUAGCCAAGUGGGGAAUAUCUAUAGCUAAUAUAAACGACAUGAUCAAGAAGCCUGUUGAAACAGUUAACCCUGUUUAGUAAUCAGUCAUAACAUUAACCGGAACCCUUAUUGCCAGGUAUUAAAGAUGAUUUAAUAAAUAGGUGGUGUUGGGUUUUAUCACCAAGAUAGUAUAUGUUAGUGGUAUGCAACUCGGUGAUGGCAUGUACAGGAAUCAUUCAAUUAUGGAGAAAACAGUAAAUAAUUGAAUUAUCUUUUUAGUUAAGCUGGUCUCUUAUUUUGAAAUAUUAUAAGUAUAUUUCUAAUAUAUA